CGUAGACUUAGUACUAUAAGCUGUACUACUGAGUACGCUACCCCUUUAUAUAGGAGAUUCUCUCUCUCUGUAGUAGCUCCUUAUGCAACUGCAAUUAUGACAUCGCUGUACCUCGCCUAGUUUGCGAAAACUAGGCGAAAGGGCGGAAGCCUCGCAAUUAGUAGGUCAUUUACCUGCCUAAGGUAGAUACUGUAAGCUUUACGCUGCGGGAGAUCGCUCGUUUGAUCUGCCAACUCUUCCUGUCCACCAGUGACACCACCACCAGGAUUUCCAAUCGUCAUACCGAAUUUACUACAAAAGGAUGGCACGUCCCUGCACUCCCAGGGGCGUAUCUAGGUAUCUCCCCAUUCUCAUUCUCAUUCUCAUUCUCACGCCCGCCCCCCGCGAGCUGGUUUGUUACUGGGCCAAAAGUAAACAAUGCCUUUCUCCAGCCUGGCCGUCACGUACUUGGCCGUGACUCUGGCGUCGGCACAGACAGUGUACCUCAUCCGCCAUGGGGAAAAGCCCGCGGACGGGAGCAAUGGCCUCACAGCGCAAGGAUUGCAAAGAGCUCAGUGCCUGAGGACUGUAUUCGGGGCGUCUUCCGAGUAUAGCAUUGCUUACAUUGUUGCUGAGCAGCCCAAGUCAAGUGGCAAAAGAACCCGCCCUCUGUUGACAGUUCAGCCACUAGCAACCGACUUGGGUCUGACGGUUGAUACCUCAUGUGAUCGAGAUGACGCGGAUUGCGUUGCUGAUCUGGUUGAUGAUUAUAACGGCCCAGGAAACAUUUUGAUUUGCUGGGAACAUGAUAAUUUAUCGGAUAUUGUGAAGGCUAUGGGAGACAAAAACCCGCCGAGCUACCCAGAUGAUGCCUUCAACUUGAUAUGGACAGAUCCGUCUCCUUACAAGGGUAUCACAACGACCACCUCGGAGAAUUGUGCAGGCUUGGACAGCUAAGAGGGGAAUCUCGUGAACUGGGAAGGAGUGAGGCAUUACUGUAAAACAAAGAAAGGGUUCCAACAAAUAAUGUACCACCACAAAGAGUGGCUGAACCUUAGAGAGGUAAUCAAUUUUCAUGAAGUCUUCUUUCGUUCCUAUCAUGGCCUCAUAUUGCAGAACUUCGCUACUCAUGACGACCAAGAACAUAUCCC